UGUGUACUGAGCUGGAGCAGUGAAAGUGUGUCACACUGCAACAGCUUGGGUGCACUGUUGGUGGCCUGGACAACUAGGGCAGACAAUUGAAAUUGGGCAAAGCCAGAGGACAGAAAACCAUUGGAAAUCUGUUGUAGUGAGCCUGACAUGGUUCACUUGUGUGUGUCCAUUUCAAAUGAUGGUCUCAGGCUCGAGUCUGUACAGAAAGGAUCACCAAAGACAGUGCGAAGUUGGGGAAAUAAGGCGACUGAUAUGGCUACUCUGCGGCACCAACCAAAGUCCAGAACAGCCUCAACUCGGCAGGAUCGUGGGUCCUGCUCUUCCACCGUGUCUUGCCCUGUCUUCUCUGGACUAUACAGUGACCAUGAAGAAGACCCACCGCUACGCCGCCAAUCCUCUCCUUUACUCAAAGGCUCUCUUUCCAGUCUACACUCCACCAGUCCAAGCCCCAAAGGUUCCUUUUCUAACCUCCAAGGAUCAUUGCCAAGUCUCAGAGGAUCUCUGCCCAGCUUCCAGGGCUCUUUAUCCAGUCUGAGGGGUUCAGUCUCUCGGUUGAAGAGGCGGUCUCUAGGCAGCCUGGACAACUCAAGCCCCAGCCCCAGCGAGAGGAGUUCCAGCCCCAGCCUACAGAGCAGCAAUGGCAGCUCCAGUGAUGAUGAUGGCAGUUGGGACACUAAUAGUUGGAGCUCAGGGGCCACCUGCCUGCUACGGACUCCUGUUAAGCAAGAUAGCAAUGAGGCAUCAGCGGAAUUGGGUGGAAAGUGUUGCACCACUGACCAGGUGUCAACUUCUGUCAUGGCUGAGCCUGAAGUCAUUUACCAAAAUCUUAUCUUCUCACAUCCUGCUGCUAAAACUGAAAGUAAAGAAGAUUGUGCUCCCGAGAGGAUUUCCACAGCGCUAAGGAAAGACGCGGGAACCCAAAGUGGGUCCUUGUCAAGCCUGAACAAGAAUGCUGCUACAUUCUCAUCCCAUCAGCUGGACGAGAAGACCAACAGCAGACGCAAGUUCUCACAGUUUCUAAAUGAGGUGACCUGUAGGGUGUUGAAAUCUAACGGUGGCCCUCCUCAACAACAGUCCGCCCUUCGACAUCACUACCCGUCUCCUCCACCACCGCCGCCAUCAACCCCAUCUCACCAAUCACUAACCACCACACUACAUUCCACACCAACAAUCCCGCCACCACCACUAUCUAAUUCAGCAACAAACUUGUGGUACAGCCCAACCAGCUCUAACCUCCAGACCAUCAAGGAGUAUGAUUCAAAGGACAUUACCAGCUCCAUCCACCAGUGGAGCAAGACAUUACCCAGCUGUAAGAUCUUAGAGCCCGGGGAUAUGUUGAGGAAAGUGAAAGAGGAAAGUCACUCAUACCCAGAGCACGACCUGGAGCUAUGUACAAAGAUCCAGACGCAGCCCUCCACUGGAAGACUUUAUCUAGAGACAGACAUUGACAGAGUAAGGCAACUUGAUGAGCUGGUAGCUAAUGGCACUCUGGGGAAAGAGAUGAAUGAGAAAGGGCUGGAGAAGGGUACAGAGAGAGGGAAGGAAAGGGAAAACAGGAUUACAUGGGAGAGAAAUGGAAGCUUGGGGAUAGAGAAAGGGAAUGAGAGUGAAAAGAGAAAAGACAGCCCUUGGGAGAGAGACAGAGGAAUGGUGAAAGGGAAGGAAAAGGAUACAAUGAGAGAAAGGCCUUGCUGGGAGAAAGACAGAAGAAUGGAAAGAGGGAGGGAGAAGGAGAAGAAAGUGGUACUUACCAGUUUUGAGCCCCCUCCUCCUCAGUCAACAUCCAGUGGAAGGACUAACCCCUGCCCUGUCUUCAGCUGGCCAGAGGGAUUUCCCAGAAUGUCCUACAGGUCUACCUCAUUACCCAGACCUGUUAAUAUCACUGAAUCUGAUGAAGAGAUGCAGCAUGACACGAGCUCUUUCCACGACCACAAAGAUGACCUCCGUAAGCGCCUGUCGUACACCACCCACAAACUAGAGAUGGUGGAGACAGAGUUCGAUUCCACUCGGCAGUACCUCGAGACAGAGCUGCGCCGGGCCCAGGAGGAACUGGAGAAAUUUACAGAGAAACUACGCAGGAUCCAGAGUAGCUAUGCAGCUCUUCAGAGGAUCAACCAGGAUUUGGAGGACAAGAUGCACAGGACGUCCCACCACCAUGAAGAGGAAAAGAGAGCCCUCAGCCGGGAAAUCAUCGUCCUCAACAACCACCUCAUGGAGGCGAAGAUCACCAUCAAUAAACUCAGAGAGGACAACGACCUGUACAGGAAAGACUGCAACAUGGCAGCUCAGCUGCUGCAGUGCUCCAAGUCUCACUACAGAGCACACAAGAUGUCUGAGCUGCCACUGGAUUUCCAGGAACGCAUCAGUUCCCACAUGGAGAAACAUAAUCGGGGUAGCGGAGCCACCAUGGCAAUGUGCCACUCCAAUUACUCUGACGCCGUGCCCACAGCCUUAAUUGCCAAGGUCCUGGAAAAGCCCGAACCAGGAAGCAGUUGCCCUGUAACACGCUCACCCAGCCCACAGCCGCAGGAUGGAGACUCUCUUACAGGAACAGGAAGCACUGAUCACCUGAACCGCCGCAUUGCAUAUAAGACAUCUGACCUGUACUGCAGCGAUACGGCCCUCUACUGCCCUGAACGAUGGCAAGAUACAGAGCGAAGGCAGAGCGUCGACCUCCACGGCACCAGCCUGCUCCAGCUUCACGCCCAGAACUCCACUGACAGCAACCCAGAUGAAGAUGCCUACAACUCUGGAAGUUUCUCCCACCAUGAGCCUCCAUCCUCCUUCCACCAUCACGAUGAGUUCGGCACUGGUAGCCUCCCUGCCUCCAGUUCCUACUCUAGCUUCAGCCUUGCAUCAGACGAGAAGGGAGGGGUUAGUGGUGGUUGUGGGCGCACUGUUAGCAGCACCUUAUCCUCUUCCCACCAGGGUCUCUAUAUGGACUGGCGAGAUGGUGGCACUGGGGACUAUGGGCGCAAAAGCAUGUCGUCUUAUGAUAAAGACAGCCCAAGCUUCCCCAAGUCCCUCAGCAUCCAGCACAUGGUGGCCCCCAGGAGCCCACAGAAGGGCACCUCACCAGCAUACACAAGGACGGCUUCAUGCUUCAGUGAACCAUACCAUUCCAGCACCCCCCGCCUGGCCUCCUCUCACAGCAUGGGGUCCACAAGUGGACUGGACCAGGCUCGUGGAGGAGCUCAGGACAGCCGAGGUGACGUCCAGAUCCCUGAGGACGACCUAAGCAGCCGCUGGAGACAGCUCAGCGUGGAAGACAUCAACACGUUCUCAUCUUCUUACCGUAACAUCACAGGGCGGGUCUCUCCGUACAGUUUCUCUGAGCGCCACUUCGCCAUGGGCCCCUCCAGUAAGGUCAAGGGGUCUCUCUACAGCAGCUUCCAUGAAGGAGAUGACGUCUUCCACAGCCGCUUGCUGGACCAGUGUUUUGCUAUGGGUCCCCCUUCACCCAGCCGCAGUUCGAAACCUAUGGAGCAUCGUAAGCAGGAGAAAACGUCUGUGCUGUAUAGAGCCAAGGAUGACAGUCAGGACUCCGAGUGCAGUCUGUUCCUCUCAGGGAGCUCUAAAGAGAAGGAGAGCGGUGGGGGAGCAAUGGCGGCAAGCAGCGCCAAGGACUACGUAAACCUGAGUGCAGACAGCUCGGCUGAGUCCUUACACCAAAGCUCCCUCGAAGCCUCAAGUCUUCAACACUACCCCAGCCCCAGGCCGAGUGUCCGGCCUCGCCCGAGCUCCAGCUCUGCUCUCAGUGUCGGUCCUGCACUCCCAAAGAAGACCUCUCCAAGAUACCAAAAAUUUGGCAGCACAGGACUGACGAGGAAGGACAGUUUGACCAAGGCACAGCUGUAUGGUACACUGCUGAACUGAGCGGAGAGAGGGCUUUUCAUUUUAUGCAUGAUGAUGAUUCCUAACUUACUGUACUGUAUGUCUCAAAAAUUCCCUGCAGCAAACACAUACUCGUGUGGUGGGGUAUUAAGAUGUUGUUGUUUUUAUGUAUCUCUUAGCCAAGGCACGUUUCAUGCAGUCUGCAACUGUUUUUUUUAUUGUAUGUCAUGCAACGGCGUAGCUACCUGAGACCAGCUAUUCAGUAUGUCUUUGUUUCAAUGAUGAUAACUAGAGCCACCGGGAUAAAACCACGUUCUCUAAGAAAUACAACACAGACCCGGCUACAUGAACGUACUGUGCUAUUUGGUCCUUUUUUUAGUGUUAAGUACUGUUAGUAAAACCAGCAAAAGACCAUUAAUUCCUGCUCUAAUAUAUAUACAGUAUAGAUAAAGGACUAAAGCGUGUGUAAUGGGGUGACUUAAUUACCAAUGUUUGUGAGAGGGAAGUUUAUCCAUUAUGUAUAGUGGACCCUGCUGACUGCAAGCUGUUAAAGAUUUAUUCAUUCUCUAUUUUCUCUAAACUGCAUGCUGUAUAAUGCAUAUAAAUAAAAUGGAAAAACACAUUUCCGGCUAAAUUGUUAAGCAUUGGGACAUUAUCUGUAAUUGGCUAAACAAAGGAUUUAAAAUUAAAAAGAUUUAAAAAUAUGGAUUUUAUUCAAAUGCUAUGUAAUAUUUAUAGCAAUACACAACAUUUUGAUUGUAGAUUUAGAGAGUUACUUCUUGAUUCUAGAUUUCACACUAAUAUGAAAUUUAAAAAUCCCUGAUUUUGUUUGUUGGAAUAAUAGCUCUAAUAUAUAUAUAUAUAUAUAUAUAUAUAUAUAUAUAUAUAUAUAUAUAUGCCUAUAGAAUAAUUACAAUGUAUUCCCAGGUGAAACGUACAACUAAACAAUUUACACAUUCAGUAGAAAUGAUUAAACGGAACUGCAAGAUUUUUCGCGUUACUCAGCUGGAAUUUUUCUUAUUUUUGUAUCAAAAUGAGAUGAUGAAAUCUGUGGCUAUACUGCACAGCAUAGUUACUCUCAUACCAGGACACUUGUGAACUUGCCUUAAUCCUGUUCAGUGGACAGAAUGGUCUCUUUUACAGCAUCUAACUACUGUAUAUCUGAUGUAUUGUUACUGUACGCAUACACUACUGUUACAGCAUAUGCUCUUCCUGUUAGACAUAACACACACACCCAGUUUCUUGGAAAAGGAUUAAGUCUGGUCUUACACUGGGGAUAUUGUUCAUUGCAGAUCUCCACUGAAAUUUGUUUUAUUUAAAGACAACGAGGCUUAAUCCCUGUCUGUUAAUCUGGCACACGCAGCCAAAUUUCUACCCUGACACAAACUCUUGGCACUAGUUGCACAAACCAAAACAAAAAGUGCUGGAUUUUCUCGCUUUCAGGAGAGAUUAAUUGGAAAAUUCUCCAGGAAAACUGGCAGUUCUGCAAUGUAUGCGUAAAAGGUUCAUAGCAAAGUGUACUGAGACGGUAGUUAAAAACUACUGAUUAAAGACAAAAAUGUACAGUCAGUGUGUUGUUUUUAAACCAGCAUGCUCAAUUAGGCUAUUCUAGAGAAAACACUGUGAAAAUAGACAGCGUGUAUAUAUACGUACAUAGAAAGUGGCAAAGACAUGCUGUCCUGUUGGCAAAUAAAACAAAUUAUAGUAAGACCCUGCCUUAUGUUAAAUGAAGAGUUGCACAGAAGUUGUCCUGCUGCCCCACAAACAUGCUGCCAUCUGCUACUGUUACGAGUAUAGAUGGGGACAAAACGACAAUGCUCCAACAUCUGUGCGCCCUUUGGCACGAUAGAUCUUGAAGGAUUUCUUCCUGCCUGCGUGGCUCUAUAGAUCUGAGAGGAAUGGUGACAGGGAUAAGCUAAAUAAUGGGAACUCAGCUUUGGCCUCGAGUAGUCACGAAUAGAUUUUUCUGGAAGGCCAUGCUUCUACCUCUCCCAUUCCUGCAGAUCUGGGAACUGGCUAAAGGCUGUUUUUAAAUAUUUCAACUGCAUCUCUUCUUUUUGACCUUGUCAUGUUUAUGAAGGUGAAACUGCACUUCACAGGCCACAAAAAGUCGCCAAUCAUAUUCUUAUUUGGUACAAUGUAUAAGUAUCUGAAGGAUUGAAAAGGUUUGGAAUUAAAUUUAACCAAUGUACUGAGGGAUUGAGAGGAUAUGGUGUUUUUGUUGUGGACAUAAUGUAUAAAAAGAGAUAUAUAUACUACAUACACAAUUUUUAUUACACUAUGACUAUUUUUUAUCCAUUUUCAGUUGAUGUUAUAUUUAUCAACCCUUAUUUGACCCUGAAUGAAGAGGCUAAAGCGAUUCUGUUCUGUCCUACCUCCAGCCCUGUUCCAGGAACAACAGGCCAGCUGUCUAAAUGUCAACAUGUUUGUCUGUCUGAUGCAUGGUUAUAUAUUUUUGCUGUAUGUUUAUUUACUUAAUAAAGUUGGGUGUUGGGAAAUACA